AUGAAAGGCGAUUUCGCGGACUACGAGUUCCUUCUCAACUUCUCGGGGUUUGGUGAUGGCUUCUCGGACGACAAGUGGGGUGAAUUCGACACCGGGCGACCCAAGUCAAAGUUGUCGCGAUUCAAGGACAAGCCCUACCAGCACUGGGAGGCCAUGUCAAGUGUUAUUGGAGACUCGAUGGCGGGUGGGGACAAUAUCGUGUCAGCAUCGGGAAUUGUGCAGGGUAUGAGCACUGCUGAAGACGUCGUGGGUGCAGUCGUGGAACGUGGCGAUGCGCGCAGUUUGUCUGUUGUGGAAUGUAGAGAUGUCGAUCUGGAUCACGGUAAUUUGACUGCCGCGCAAAAAAGAGCAACAAUCCUCCAUCAGCUGAAGAAGAAUCGAAAGAGAGGUCAACAAAGUCAAGACACCAACGAGAGAUUCAAGGAAAUUCAACGGCUGUCAGACAGUGUAGCGGAUCUGGUUCGGCUGUACGCGAUGAAGAAUGGACUCGAAGCUGCAUAG